GAUUAGGAGUUCCAUGUAUAUAUUAGCAGGUACAUCCAGCUGGCUUAGGGCUUUCUUUCGAAGGGCAAAUGAUACAACGUCAAAAAGAAUUCGGAAUACAUGAUGGAGCACAACUACAAGCGAUAGAAAAGUAGCUGUUUUCGAGAAGGAGCAUGCAUUUGUAGAAGGUUUCUCCAGAGCUUGCCACGGUAUGGCCAUGCGUGUCCUUCAAGCAUUUGCAGUUGCACUCGAGAUCCCGGAAGAAGAAGACGGAGCCAAUUGGUUUACCGAUCGUCACGCUUACGAUGAUCAAGAUCCUCCGUUAUUUGAAAUAUCCACGCGGCGGUGAAUCCACUUACCAGGAGCCCGUGAGAGCUGGAGCACAUAGUGAUUACGGCAGCAUCACACUUUUAUUCCAAAAAGAUGUUCCCGGUCUUGAGAACUCGAUCUUGGUGAACGUGGGCGAUCAGAUGCAGGAAUGGACAAACGGAAUAUUCAAAAGUACGUUGCACAGAGUCACCUUUUUACCCGAGCAUGCGCAUCUCGACCGGUACUCGAUGCCUUUCUUUGUUCACCCUGAGGAUGCUACUUUAUUGUCGCCUAUUCCUAGCAAGGUGGUGCCUCCACCCUCAGAGUCUACCCAAGGGGUUGCAAAGAGCGGCGAAAUCAAUACUGCUGGAGAGCAUCUGCGAAGACGAUUGGAUGCUACGUACAAGCAUGAAGACGAAGCUACGGAGUAGUAGGAGGAACUUUAUAAACUUCAUUGUUGUAUAAAUACAUAUAUUACCAAACAUAAUGAAUAAACCACGUUUUAU